CAACUCAGAGCUGCCCCGAGGCUUGGGCACAGGGCUUUCACCUCACUGGGGGGAGCAGCCCCCCUGCUUUAGGGGUGCAUCCACUUCCUAAGGGCACCACAUAGCCUCUGGGACACAAGCCAUGGGCAGGCAGGUCCCCAGCUCUGCCCAUCACCCUGCCCUGGCUGGAGGGUGCUGCCUGCACCAGGAGCCUGCAGCCCGAGGUGGGGCAUGUGGGGACCCAGCUUCCCUGUGCCACAAGCAUGUUCCCCCCUCAGUUCUCCUUGGCACAAGCCCACGCAUGACAUCCCCCUUGCCCCAUCGGUGGCUUCCUGUCCUCAUCCCAGACCUGUUCCCGGGCAGCGAGCCCCUCAUUCCCCCCAGUCACCCCGGUUGCUCGCUCGUGUGCAUGUCCCCCCCGUGCCACCCUGCUCCCACCUUCACCAUGUGCCUUCUGGUCUCUCCCACCACGCAGGCGCCGUGCCGGACUCCUGCCCCAUUAACAUUGAGGAAUAGGCCCAGAGGCAGCCAACAACAACGUGCGGCUGCAGCAGGCGCCCCGGCCCCGCUGCCCCCCCGGCCCCCAGGACCUGGAGCAGGCAGCGGCCACCCCUGUGUGAGGGCUCAGCCUCAGCCGGGGCACACGCACCCCCUGUGCAUGCAGAGGGCUCCGGGCACCGCCGGCAUCGCCACCUCCCUCCCCGGCUGUGGCGGGACUGCUUUUCCAAAGAGAAGAUGGUAACGGGGGCUUUUCCUGCCCGGCUCCGCUGUGCAGAGGGGGGCCGAGAACCGCAUCACUUCAGAGCCCCCCCAUCAGCACCUUCCCAUCCUCCAGCCCUGAUGGGGAUGGGCUGGGGUCCCCUCCUGCCCCCAGCCAUCUCACACCCAUCCCCAGGCCUCUCUCCUCCAGUGUGCAGAGCACAUGGGAUGGGGUCACCCCACAAAGGGGGUCCUGGGACACUGUCAGAGGUGGAUGAUGCCCAGGGGUGCAGGUUAAGGAUGAAUGUUGGCAUUGGCAUCCUCAGUACACAAGCCAGUGACCUUCAUGGGGGGCUGGCACCCCCCCAGGUUUGCUGACCCCAUGCUGUGGGAUUGUCCCCAUUGUGCACUGGUGGUGAUGGUGCCCCUGGAGCUCCCCGUCCCUCUGCUCUCCACCCUGGGCACGUGGGCUCUUGGGCCUGUCCCAGGAGGUUGCUUUUCCCCAGGGGAUGGAGCGGGGUGGACAGGGGACCUGGGACAC